GGGAGAAAUUAAUAAUGAACAAGUCUCCAGUACUGCUAAAGAACAAUAAAGUAAAGAAAAAAUUUAAAAGAAGUGUUUCUCUUUCACUAAGCUGCCCAAGUGAGUCACUAAUCCCUGGCUUUCCUUCUAAAGUAAAACCCAGAGUGACUGAUAUUGAGACAAGUAUGGUGGCGCUUUUGAGUUCCUGUUCAACAAGCAAAGAGCCUCUGUUUGAACCAAGGAUGAAAAACAAACAGCUGUUACAUAUUGAUAACUGUGAGAGAGACAAGAGAAAAGUAAAAGGAAUGGUAUCAAUCUUAUCAUCCAGUCCCAAAGUAUCAAGUAUUAGAGGUUUCCCAUCUGUUCCUCAUCUCAAACUUGAUUAUUACGAGACAAACAUAGUCAGUCUCCUUCCCUUGUGCCCUGUAACUUCCAGUAUACCAGGAUUCCCUUCACUGGAACAACCGAAUGAAGGUUGGCCUGCUGACGUAGGGCCAUUGAUGUGUGGGUCACAAAGGACUGGUCAGUUUAGUACUGAAUUAUUACCAAGUAACACAGACAAAUCGAAGGACAUGUUGUGUUUGGCUUUAUCAUGUGCAAGAGAAUCUCUCAUCCUUGGCUUUGCAUCCAUACCAAAACCCAGAGUGACUGAUACUGAGAAAAGAGGUAUGGUCAGUCUUUUGAGUUCAUGCCCGAAGAUCUCCCGGAUCGCAGGAUUUCCAUCAUUUCAUAGUCCAGAAUUGUGGACAAUAAGCAAAGAACCACUAUUUGAAGCACAGAUGAAAGACAAACAGUUGCUACAUAUUGAUUUCUGUGGCAGAGGCAAGAGACCAGUGAAAGGAAUGGUUUCCAUCUUACCAUCUUGUCCCAGGGUUUCAAGAAUUGAAGGUUUUCCAACUGUGCCUUUCCCCAAACUAGAUUAUUAUGGGACAAACAUAGUCAGUGUCCUUCCCUUGUGCCCUGUAACUUCCAAUAUACCAGGAUUCCAUUCACUGGAACAACCGAAUGAAGGUUGGCCCGCUGACGUAGGGCCAUUGAUGUAUGGGUCACAAAGGACUGCUCAGUUUAGUAUUGAACUAUUACCAAGUAACACAGACCAAUCGAAGGACAUGUUGUGUUUGGCUUUAUCAUGUGCAAGAGAAUCUCUCAUCCCUGGCUUUGCAUCCAUACCAAAACCCAGAGUGACUGAUACUGAGAAAAGAUGUAUGGUCAGUCUUUUGAGUUCAUGCCCGAAGAUCUCCCGGAUCGCAGGAUUUCCAUCAUUUCAUAGUCCAGAAUUGUGGACAGUAAGCAAAGAACCACUAUUUGAAGCACAGAUGAAAGACAAACAGUUGCUACAUAUUGAUUUCUGUGGCAGAGGCAAGAGACCAGUGAAAGGAAUGGUUUCCAUCUUACCAUCUUGUCCCAGGGUUUCAAGAAUUGAAGGUUUUCCAAAUGUGCCUUUCCCCAAACUUGAUUAUUAUGGGCCAAACAUAGUCAGUCUCCUUCCCUUGUGCCCUGUAACUUCCAGUAUACCAGGAUUCCCUUCACUGGAACAACCGAAUGAAGGUUGGCCUGCUGACGUAGGGCCAUUGAUGUAUGGGUCACAAAGGACUGCUCAGUUUAGUACUGGAUUAUUACCAAGUAACACAGACAAAUCGAAGGACAUGUUGUGUUUGGCUUUAUCGUGUGCAAGAGAAUCACUCAUCCCUGGCUUUGCAUCCAUACCAAAACCCAGAGUGACUGAUACUGAGAAAAGAGGUAUGGUCAGUCUUUCGAGUUCAUGCCCGAAGAUCUCCCGGAUCGCAGGAUUUCCAUCAUUUCAUAGUCCAAAAUUGUGGACAGUAAGCAAAGAACCACUAUUUGAAGCAUGGAUGAAAGACAAACAGCUGUUACAUUUUGAUUUCUGUGGCAGAGGCAAGAGACCAGUGAAAGAAAUGGUUUCCAUCUUACCAUCUUGUCCCAGGGUUUCAAGAAUUAAAGGUUUUCCAACUGUGCCUUUUCCCAAACUUGAUUAUUAUGGGACAAACAUAGUCAGUGUCCUUCCCUUGUGCCCUGUAACUUCCAGUAUACCAGGAUUCCCUUCAAUGGAACAACAGAAUGAAGGUUGGGCUACUGACGUAGGGUCAUUUAUGUAUGGGUCACAAAGGACUGCUCAGUUUAGUCCAAAACUGUGGACAGGAAGGAAAGAAUCACUAUUUGAAGCACAGAUGAAAAACAAACACUUGUUUCUUAUUGAUCACUGUGACAAAGACAAGAGACAAGUGAAAGGAAUGGUUUCCCUCUUACCAUCCUGUCCAAAAAUUUCAAGUAUUAAAGGUUUUGCAUCUGUUCCUCAUCCCAAACUUGAGUAUUAUAGACUGAAUGUAUUCAGUCUUCUUCCUUUGUGCCCCGUUACUUCUAGUAUACCAGGAUUCCCAUCACUGGAACAGCAGAAUGAAGAAGUUUGGGCUGAUGGCCUAGGUUCAUUGAUGUACAAGUCACAAAGGACCGUCCAGUUUCCUUUUGACUUCUCACCAAGUAACACAGCCAAAACAGAGGACAUGUUGUGUUUGGUCCCAGCUUGCCCAAAAGAAUCACUCAUCCACGGCUUUCCCUCUAUCACCCAAUGCAUCAUGUCAAGUCUUAAACCUGAAGAACCUUCCAAACCUAUUCUCAAAUCCAGCAUGGAACCUAAUAUGAAAAAUGUUGUACCUUGUUGCUCCAGUACUUCAGGUAUCAGAGGUUUUGCAUCCUUGACCACAGUCCCAAGUACAGAAUGGCUAAGUGACAUGAAACCGAUACUGAUGAAACCUCAGGUCAAACAUAAAAUUAUCUCAAUUCCUGAACAGGAGCAGCUAGAUUUCUACAGCAGGAAGGGUAUGCUGGCUUUAGUGACAUCCUGCCCUAAAAAGACCAGAAUCUAUGGUUUUGCUUCUGCCCAAAAAGUAAACAAGCCACCAGAUAUGGUCAGUCUGUAUACAUCUUCUCCAUGUGUUUCAGUCGUGCCUGGUUUUCCAUCAGCAAGAAGACUUAGCUCUGAAUGUGCAGAAACACACACUUGGAAAACAAAGAAUGUUGUCUUGUUUGAGAAGAAGCAAAAAGAGAAGACUUUAACUGCAAUUUUCCCAGGACUAUUGCAUCUUACACAAGAAAUUAACUGUAUGGUCACAAUAGCUUCACCAUGCCCACGCAUGGCUGUGAUUCCUGGAUUUACAAACUUUUUGCAAGUGAAGACAACUGAUGUGAAAAAAAUGGGUACUUCACAGCUUUCUCCCACUGAAACACAUUCACAGUCAACUCUGAAAGCUAAAAGAAGAAAUGUUCCUCUAUCAUCUGUAAGACGUCAAAGCACUGAACUCUCAAAUGAACAAAAGGGGGGUGCAAAGCAAAGUGUAGAUCAUUUUCUAUACAAUGGCCUAAGACAAACAAACUCAAAAGAGCUGUCUGCAACUCCCCUUCAGCCUACCGACGACAACAAACAAAGAAGUACACUAUUUGAUGUACUAUUGGACAGAUCCACAUGCGAUCAAGACAGUUGUCCGGUAGUACCACCAGCUGACAUCGCUGGUCCUCAGCAAGACAAACAGCCGAAGAGAACGGUUCCACCUGAGCUGAAACAGAGUGAUCAAGAAAUGUGUGUAGCUCCAGUAAGGCCAAAAAGAAAGAGGGAUAAUUCCACAGCAGACCAAAAAGUUGUUGCUUUGUUUUGUAAGCCUGUCCCAGGGGUUAGUCACAUCCAGUCUGAAGGAAUAGAGACUAUCUGUGAGUGUUCUUUACAGCCAGUCUCUUACCCCAUCCAGACCUGUUGCAUGAAACCUCAAAUUAUUUCAGCUUUGGAAAAUGAAGCACCAUCCAAACCAGUUAUAGUAGAAGUAACAACAACAAAAUCAUCUAAGCUGGCUGAUUUGUUUCAGAAUCCAUGUCUACAGACAGACACACGGCUAGUUGGCUCAAAGGACACUGAACAACCCUCUAGUGCUUUGGAUUGGCCUGUUAUGGACAGUACAAUCUGUACCCAGGCCUCUUGUAACACACUGACUUCUUUGGAAGCAAAAGAAAUGAAAAACAUUCUCACUAAACCAGAGCCACAUGUAUUGCAUGAUGUUCUGCCUCUUUUAAUCAUCAAGAAGAUACAUCCUCCAGAACAAAUCAGAAAAGCUGGGAUACUCAAUAUUGACAAGGACAUCACCACAGCAGAUCUUUUACAUCAAGCUUACCAACUACCAAUAGUUGAUAACACAUUUACUGAUAUGCCCAGCAAUACAAACCAAAAGGCAGAAGAUUCCUUGUCUCUAAAAAAUGCAAAAUGGCCUGAGCUCAUUAAAGAUCCCAUUCCAAAGCCUCGUGGGAGAAAACAAGUCAGUUGCUCUUUUCCAGAUGUGUGUAUUCCUGCAAUUAGUGCAUCACAGGAAUCCUAUGGCAAAGAAACACUAACUGGAGGUCAAAGUGAACGGCUGUGUUCUCCUUGUAGACCUGAGGAGUUGCCGCACGCUGAACAAAGUAAAGACGGUUUUAAUUUUUCAGCUAAAUCUUCUUCACCCUCAGUUAGGACUGAUGCUGCUUUGAGAAGAACCAGAAUUACAUUUGAGCAAAGUGUUCAUGCAGUGUAUGGUGAUACUUUAGAAAAACCACCUGAACCUUCAAUUCUACCUGUACCCAAAGAAAGAAGGAAACGUUGCUGUGAUGCAUACAAUUCAUCUUCCAAAGAAAUGGAAUUAUCUCAGACAUACCCAAAUGAAAUUUGUGGCAAGAAAACAGAGGAAGGGUCAGUGUCUCUUGAUUCCUGUUUAAAUUCUGAUGGACGCUCAAUUGCAGUCCAGGGUGAAGAAGUUCUGUUGCAGUUGGAGAGGGAUGUGCUAGAAGCAAUGCAAGAAGUGUCUACUCAGACACAGUCCCUAGAAGAUAAUAAAGAGGUUCUGGAUGAAAUCCUUAAGGACUGGACCUUUACAGACGAACUGCUUGAUACAGAUACCAUACUGAAUGAUAAGAAAGUGGCAUCAGAGCAGGAGAACAUCACAAAGGUCCUGAAAGGAGAGGUUAAUAGGUCGCCAGGGCAGCCUGUACCUCUUCCUCGUGGAAAGAAGCGUUUGAGUGGUUCUUCUCUAAACGGCACCAAGUUACAAGCUGGUGCCCUCCAACAAGCCUGUGAGUCGUCAGCGCUUCAGAAAAGACCUGCAGAUGGGGCUUCUUCUGUGGAGAACACUGUGGCUAGUCCCACCUUAGUGACCUCCAGUCAGUCUCUCCUGGAAUGGUGUCAGGAUGUAACCCAGGGUCACAAGGGAGUAAAGAUCACCAACUUCAGCACUUCUUGGAGAAAUGGCCUGGCAUUUUGUGCUAUCCUGCAUCACUUCCACCCAGGAAAAAUAAAUUUUCAAAUGCUGAAUCCAUGCGACAUCAAGAACAACAACAAAAAGGCUUUUGAUGGUUUUGCUGAACUUGGGAUUUCCAGACUGAUAGAGCCUUCAGACAUGGUCAUGCUCGCGGUACCUGACCGUCUUAUUAUUAUGACCUACCUCAACCAAAUACGAACCCAUUUCACAGGCCAGGAGCUCAGUGUGCUUCAUAUAGAUAAAAACAGCAGUGAGUCCAGUUAUGCAGUAUCAGGGAACCAGGAGGUCAAAGAGGACCCAGAGGCAACUGUUCGCUACUGCGCCCAGAAACUCCAGGAAAAGGGUCUAAGUCUUGAGAUUAUUGGGAGUGGAAGCCCUUUAGAGGAUGACACCAAAACCAGUAAUGACAUGGCUCCACCUGUUGGAUCCAAACGGUUGCAGACUCCUGGGACAGUGGGAGCCACCAGCUCUCAAUGUCCUGUGGCACCACCAAGGUCUCAUAUCCUAUCCAAGUCAGGCUUCUCCCGUGUCAGAGACGCUGAUUUAGUCAAGAAGCGUAGAUCACAAAAGAAGAGUGGGUCAAUUGAUGAUGGCGAUACAUCAGUGGCUGGUUCAGAGCAAGAGAGGAAUGCAGAAACUGAAAGAGCAGAGUGUGUAGUUGAAGAAGAGAGACCAGAAGGCCAGGACACAAACCAGUAUGUGCUACAUCAGAUGGAAGCGUUAGAAGCAGAACAAAACCACAUUGACAACAGAGCAGGUGCGGUGGAGCGGAAACUCAGAGAGUUAAUGGAAACAGGCAGUGACAAGGUGGAAGAGGAGAGACUGAUUCAAGAAUGGUUUAAUCUGGUUAACAAGAAGAAUGCUUUAAUCCGAAGGCAGGACCAUCUGCAGCUGCUGCUGGAAGAACAAGACUUGGAAAGGAGAUUUGAGCUGUUAACCAAAGAGCUUCGAGACAUGAUGACAAUUGAAGAGUACCCGAAGAACCGGGCCCACAAACACAGAGAGCAGCUUCUGCUUCAGGAGCUUGUGUCUCUGGUCAACCAGAGAGAUGAGCUGGUUCACAAUAUGGAUGCCAAAGAAAGAGGAGCUCUGGAAGAAGACGAGCAUCUGAACCGUGGCCUUGAGCAGCGAAGAAGGAAGUAUGCUAAAGAGCAGAAAGAAAAGUGUGUCAUGCAGUGACAAACCGCUCCCAGGAAACUGAGCCAUAUUUCAGAAAAAGAACAGUUCAAGCAAAAAUCAAGAAUGAAGCAGUGGUGUUAUGUCAUCUUUCAGUUAGCUGUGGUAAAUUACUACUCUUAAGUCAAAACUACCGAUUCAGUUGUGUUGCUUAAGCAAGACAGCACACUAAAAAUAUAUGAAGUCACUGUGCAUGUUCCAAGAUAUUCCAGAACAAGAGUUUAGCUCUGAAGAAAAAAAAUCAAGCUAAUUACGUUGAUUCAAAACUGUUGACUUCCGGAGUAAAAAGCCACAUUCUUUAAACACUGUUUAUCUUCACGGAUGCUUUUAUCUUAUUACAGAACAAGCUGCAAGAUGUAAAAAAUAGUCUAAACAAGAAAAAACUACAGCUCACUUCCCCACAGUGGUUUCAUUUAAAUUGAACUGGGCUAUGUUCGAUGAAAUUGUUGGAAGAUAAGGAAUGAAAAAACAUGACUGGAAGCCAGAGAGAAAGAACUGCUCAGAUAUAUUUUAAACACAUUUUUAGAGAUAACUUUUAAUUUAUUUUAACUGCUGAAGUUACUGAAGUGAAAGGUAACCCCGAUGUUUGUUAUUUCUAAAAAAAUAGAAAUGUAAAACCCAUAAAAAUGUCUCAAGUCUUGAGCCCAAUAUUUACUUUGGCAAAAACUGAAUUUCCCCUUUUAUUGUUUCAAAGUUGCUUUUUGUGUUUGCUCUGAAAACAAGUUACUUUGUGUUAAAGCUUAAAAAAUGAAUGUACCAUUUCUGAACCAGAUGCAUUUAAUACUUAAUGUAUUCACAGUCUUUAUGAUAUGGAACUAGUUCUAGUUUGUUUAAACGAUUGUUCUUAGAGGUUUGUUUUUGAGAAUUUAUUGUCACAUUUGCACUAUUGAACAAGUUUGGAAAUACAAAACAUCUGAAUGCUU